UUAUUUUAGAUUAAAUGAUCUUCUUCUUCUUCUUCUUCUUCUUCUUCUUCUUCUUCUCGUAGGUGAUCGGUCGAUGCUCUGUGCUGUGGUUCUGGUCGGCGAGGAGGGCCAUAGAGAGGGUUCCAUUGUCAAACGCUCUCUCUCUUCACCCGCUGCUCAGUUUCUUCUCCUUUCAUGUCUUCAGUCGGUGGUUUGCCAUUAUCUGCUCCUCAUUCUUCAGGGUCUUCUAAAACCCUAGCCGUUCACUCCGCUUCCUCCCCUCCAUGCCUGCUUUCUUUUCUCCUUCUUUAUAGUCAACACCCCUGUUUUCAUCUCAGGCAUUUUUCCUUGCAAUUCCAAUCCGGUUUCAGACAUGAGCGAUUCUAAGGUUCUAUUAUUCGGGUCUUUCACUGAAGACGAAACCAAUUCAUGGAUUCUACCUCAGUCGAAUAUUAAUCCCGGAAAGCUGGUCAACAAUGUAAAUGUGCAAUUUGGUUCUCUGAAUGUUACAGAUGGAAAAUCGCUGGGCAGUUCUGCUGACAGUGAACCGAAGGGACUCUCUGGUUCCUCAACGGGAUCCAUAACUUUGGAGUCUGUUGAUUUAGCUAAGGAUGACACUGGACUGGAAAUUGUCCAAAGAAGAAAAAAUCAUUCUCCCCUGGAAUCAGGAGUGCCAAAGGAGAACGGAAGUAAUUACAAUUCCAAUCAAAGCUCCUCUUGUACUUGUGGAGUGACUGAAACGAAUAUAGAUGACACUGAUGCUUUGUCAUCAUCUGUAUCAAAUGGUCAGAACAAUUCUUUAAAUCGGUUUUCAAAACUGAUAGCAGAAGAUAGCAUGCCGAAUGGUAGUAUUGAUCAUUUGCAAGAAAUUAUUCUCGAAGAGAAUUUCAGAAGGGCAUCUGAUGUCUCUGUUGCAUCCUCCACUAAGUACCUACCUCGAGGUUUAAUAAAUUCAGGGAACUUAUGCUUUCUGAACUCGACUCUGCAAGCUCUUUUAUCAUGUCCUCCCUUUGUUGAUCUAUUGAGAAACUUAAGAAAUCGUGCAAUCCCCAAGGCUGGUUAUUCCACACUAAAUGCAUUUGUAGAGUUCAUAUCUGCCUUUGAAGUACCUAGUUCAAGUGUUCUGAGUAAGGAUGUCGCUGCAUUUGACGUUGGGAAGCCUUUUAGCCCUCUCAUGUUUGAUGGCAUUCUUAAAAAUUUUAGUCCAGAUCUACCCUGCGGUAUCAAGGGCCGUCCAAGGCAGGAAGACACACAAGAAUUUUUAAGUUUCGUCAUGGAUCGAAUGCAUGCUGAAUUGCUGAAGCUUGGUGGAAUGUCUUCAAGUAUGAAUGGGGGUAAAUCUUUUAUGGUUGCUUCUGCUGAAGAUGAUGAAUGGGAGACAGUUGGGCGGAAGAACAAAACUGCAGUGAUGAGAACACAGAGUUUUGUUCCUUCAGAGUUGACUGAAAUUUUUGGGGGGCAACUGACAAGCAUGGUGAAAGCAAGAGGGAAUAAACCUUCAGCUACUGGCCAGCCAUUUUUUUCACUGCACCUUGAUAUCUACCCUCAAGCUGUUCGCACUAUCGAGGAUGCUCUACGUUUGUUUUCUGCACCAGAAACUCUUGAAGGGUACCGGUCAUCAGCUGCUGGGAAGGCUGGCGUUGUGUCUGCUAGCAAAUCUGUGAAGAUACAGAAACUGUCCAAGAUAAUGAUACUGCACCUGAAGCGUUUUGGCUAUGGAAGCCACGGAAGUACCAAGUUGAAUAAGUCUGUGCAUUUCCCACUUGAGCUGGUUUUAAACCGCGAUCUUCUUGUGUCGUCCUCCUCAGAGGGUAGGAAAUAUGAACUUGUGGCUACCAUAACCCAUCAUGGAAGAGAGUCCUCAAAGGGACAUUACACUGCUGAUGUUCGAUUCCAUAACAACCAAUGGCUUCGAUUUGACGAUGCAUCUGUCACUGCAAUCGGGAAGGAUCACGUGUUACAUGAGAGGGCCUAUGUUCUCUUCUACAAACGAGUUUAAGGUAUCAAAACUUGGACGCAGAGUCCUUUCUGGAUCAGAUAUGUUUUUUGUUCUUGUUUUUGGUGGGUUUAUAUUAGUAGUAAAUAUUGCAGCAUUGUCUAGUGUUGUUGCACUAUAAAAUACUAAGUCAAAAAUUUGUUGAAUGAAUGUGUUGAAUGCUUUUUUGUUCU